CAGGAAAUUCCCUUCAAUUUAACCUUACUCUGGAAGACAUUUAUCCACACAAAAAGAAGAACUUAUAAUUCCUUACAUUUUGUAUAAUCUUUAAAUUCUCGUAUCCCUUAUAGAAAUACCAAAUUUAACUAGAUACAAAUACAUUACCCUAACUACCAACGAAAAUGAUCGACUUUAGCAACCUGGAGUUGGAUCGUCUCAUUAAGGAACUCAUCUCCCAAAAGGAUGACUGCACCUGCAACGAGGUGUCCAUCCAGCGACUGAUCCAACAGGCACGCGAUGUAAUCUCCAAGCAACCGAUGCUCCUGGAGCUGGACAGUCCCGUGAACAUAGUCGGCGAUAUACAUGGUCAGUUCACGGAUCUGCUGCGCAUCUUCAAGGCCUGUGGAUUUCCCCCAAAGACUAACUAUUUGUUCCUCGGCGACUACGUGGAUCGGGGCAAGCAGUCGCUGGAAACCAUCUGCCUGCUUUUCGCAUACAAGAUUCGAUAUCCGGAGAACUUCUUCCUGCUGAGAGGUAACCACGAGUGUGCCAGCAUCAAUAGGAUCUACGGCUUCUUUGACGAGGUGAAGCGCCGGCACUCGGUUCGCUUGUGGCGCAGUUUCACGAACUGUUUCGACUGGCUUCCGGUGGCGGCAGUCGUCGGAAAUCGCAUCUUUUGCUGCCAUGGAGGAUUGGGUCCUACACUCCACAAUUUGAAACAGAUAAAAAAUCUGCAACGACCCACAGAUGUCCCAGACGAGGGCUUACUCUGCGACCUUCUCUGGGCGGAUCUCAAUCACACUACAGACGGAUGGGGUCGGAAUGAACGUGGUGUGAGCUUCACCUUUAGCAAGUCCAUUAUCCUAGACUUCCUGAAGUCUCACAAUCUUGAUCUAAUGGUUCGAGCCCAUGAGGUGGUCGAGGAUGGCUACGAACUAUUCGCCGAUCGCCAUCUGAUCACCAUUUUCUCGGCUCCCAACUACUGUGGCGAGAUGAACAAUGCCGCCGGUGUGAUGCGUGUCAGCGCGGAUCUCUUGUGCUCCUUUGUCAUCCUGAAGCCGCUGUACAAAUACAGCGACCCUUAGGUAACCCUGAACAAUGAUUCAAAGUGAUUUCUAGAACUUAAUAAGCUUUUAUCCGAGGCAGAUCUUGAGUAAUCAAAUAUUUGAUGAAGAACUUCUUAGUAUUAAGGCUUUGCUUGUAACCUUUUUCUCGACCUUUAGCUGGUAUUUAUCCUCAAACCAAUAACCACUCGAAACACAUGUCCUUAUGGCUCAAGUGUUGACUGCUUGAAAGGUCAAUGGCGACUCCUCCUAGACUACGCAUCCUUGCCAACUGUUGUCCCACUGUCAGUGUCACCAGGUGGACAGGUGACUUCAACACGCUUGUUUUGCCAUUUCAUUUGCAGCUCGUUGCUGCCAGCCAAGUCAGUCAAAUGAAUUUUACAUGGCGCUUAACUUGGCCAGAUUGUGAUGUGGCUGGCUCUCAGUAGCUGGAGCUGGAGCAGGAGCUGGGCCAGAGCCGGAGCUGAUUUGCUGAUGAGCAGGCAUACAGAAGCUUAACCUCCUGGAAUCGCCAUCUCGUCCUCGUGUGGCGCAACAUUUAUUUGAUCUGAGUCGGAGUUGGACUUGGUCUUGGAUGUCUGCUCAGUGUUGCAUACGAAAGUAUCUCCGUCUGGCAGGAGCACGCUCGAAUAAUUUAAUACAGCCUCGGCAUCAGACCCAAACUCGCAGCUUCCCGUUCGCAUGUCCUGCAGGAUCCUUGGCAUUUCGAAUGCACACAGCGUGCCAUUUGACUGCAAUUUAAUGCUCUCUCUCUCGAACAGUUUAUCCAAAACUGUCUCUGUCUCUCUGUUUCAACUGCUGCUGCCAUUUCAUGUUUUGCGAGAGAUGACAAAUCACAUUUAUUAUUUUGUGUAUCUGCCAGGCGACCGUGUAAGCCAUCUAAGCUUUAAUGUGUCCUGUGUCCUGUGUCCUGUGACAGUUUGAUUCAGUCGGAGGACUCACUGCUGGAUGCAGACGAAGUCGGAGUGUGGCAACAAUCUGAAGGGUUAAUGCUCAGGCAUAAUCGAAUCUGGGGAAAAGUAUUUUGGCUUUCUAAAGGGGAUAAAACCCCACUGAGUAAUUGGCUCAAGGAUCUGCAAGUAUCUAUGGGAUACGUUUCACAGCUGGAAAACAAUACAAAAGUGGAUUUCAGAUGGCAUGGAGAGCAAGAGGAAUAUUUUUCGAGUAAAUAGUUAUGUCAAAAGG